CCUUUUUAAAAUCACCAAAUGGCUUACAUGGAAUCAGUUGACCAUAUUUGCAAUUUCCAUGAUGUGUUAAAGAGUUUUUCAGACAUUGUAUUAUCACCGAGGUACCGGAUCUAGAAUGUAUCUCAUUUGGCUAUAAAUAAGUUUCAGUCUUCACAUUCGCAGCUACCUCCGUCUCCCCGUGCGCCUAGAUGAUGACGUGCUCGUCCAGGCAGAACGAUAGAUUUUAACAGCAUCACUUCAUAAAAUAUAGUCUUUCUAUUGGCAAAUUAACUAUUUAAUUGGUACUAGUAAACGGCGACUAAAUAAUUAGAGUUUUGUCCACUGCAUUCUGAGUGUUUGUUGGCUCGUGGAAAACACGGACCAUGCAUCUGAACCACUCCGCGGACCACGAGACCACUCUCCGUGGCGGGAAAAGGGGUCAGCUCGAGCUCUCCUCCGACGCCAUCAAUAGUUGGGCAUCCUCAAAAUCCCAACAGUAUCCUGUCAAAAUGCAGCUACCCAGCAGUUCCUUCAUCCCCACCAUCAAUGCCAUCACGUCCAGUCAGGAGCUGCAGUGGAUGAUCCAGCCAGCCAUUCUAGCCUCCAAGCCUGACCACUGCCUACACUCUCACCCCUACCAGCCCCUGGACAUCAGCAGUAGCCUGGGGCCUGGGAUCCACACAAGGCUCGGGGUAAUACGGACAGUGGGCAACACGCAUGGAAGGAGCAGGCGUAGUGAUCAGUUGAACCCAGCUGAAGAGGAGAGGAGAAGGUUGAGGAGAGAAAGGAACAAGCUGGCUGCUGCCAAGUGUCGCAACCACAGGAAGGAGCUGGCCGACCAACUGCAAGGAGAGACUGAUGAACUGGAGAGAGAGCAGGCCAGCUUGACGACCCAGGUUGAGAUGCUCCAGGAGGAGAGAGAGAAGCUGGAGCGCAUGCUAGUGUCGCAUGCCCCAGUGUGUCUACUGGGCUGUGACGGCCAUCCCCAGGCCCAGCCACUGCCCCCUCUCGCCCCGACCAUGUACACCACAGCCACCUCCCCCCUGGCCAAACUCCUGAGCCCCCCUCCCGCGAUAAAGCAGGAGCCCCAGGAGGAGAUGCUGUUCUCCUUUCACCACCAUGAACACUGCGCCAUCAAACCCACCUAUCGCCAUGUAGAAGAGUACUGUCCCAGUGUCUUCACCACCCCGUCCAUGGUGAGCUGCAGCCCAGCCCAUUUGGUGGAUCUAUCCUGUCCCAUGCUGUCUCACCAUCACCCUAGCCUGGGUAAGCAGGAUAGGUCUGAGUCCUCAUUCCGGGAAGAGGCCCUUCCCAACAACUUGCUCUCCAAGCCUCUCCCUGGUAGUGACAUGAGUCUUGAGGAUGGACUACUGGGACCACGAUUCUCCCCCACCUUGUUGACUCUGUAGGGCAAUGAUUUACAGUAAAGUGGACACAUAUAAUGUACAGCACUAUACUGUACUUUAAUCACUAUGGCAUGUUCAGAUGCUAUUCUUUGAAAUACUUGACCAGCAACUGAUUUGGUCUGCCUGGUACAAUGGAACUAAUGGAAUCGUCCCAAAAGUACAAACGCCAUGCUAAGGCCUAGAUUCAAUCAGAUCAAGUGUUAAACUGUGAUAGCAGACACACGAAUAAUGAAUGUUUUUGCUGUCAGAUGUGGAACUGCGUUGGAGCCAUCAAAUCGGUGAGUAGCUGCUCUUGCRAUCACUGUCAAGAAGCCACACCUGUCCCUACUCGCUUUGGAAGUUCAGAGCAAGAAAGUGUAGACUAUAUAUAAAUAAUUACGCUCAAAUUGAAAAAUAAUUAAACUAUAUAAAGAGGAUUUAUCAGCCUAAUUGAUGUGUAGAGUCCAUCUCACAUUCCAGUGUUCCAACUUGGAAACAAGGCUGCAUGGGAUUUCUGUUAAUGUGACUCUGUGAAGCC